AUGGCUGCGUUACGACCACACGUGGUGGAUCUCCUGAUCAUUGGGGCAGGCCCUGCGGGACUAAAUGCCGCCCUGCUUUUCGCACGUACUCGGGGCACAGCAAUAGUGUUUGACUCCCAGGAAUACCGUAACGAGGGAAUCAAGCACAUGCACUCUAUCGCCAGUAGAGACCACUAUGACCCACAUAGUUUUCGUCGCACUGCUCGGGAACAAAUUGAAUCUCGAUACGACACUGUCUGGUUUCAACAAAGCAAGAUUACUCAUGCUACCAAAAAGCAAAUCGGGGAAGAAAAAUACGACGGCUUUGAAGUCCGCGACAGUAGCGACAAGACCUACCUUGGGGAGAAGCUCAUCCUCGCAACCGGUUCAAAGGAUGUUUUACCAGACAUUCCGGGUUACAAGGAGAACUGGCCACAUCACAUCUACCAAUGUCUAGCAUGUGAUGGCUUCGAGCAGCGUGGCACUCCUAUCGGUAUCCUCGAGUUCAAGCAUCCAUCACAAACAAAUCUCAUUCAGAUGGCCAGAGCAUUCGAUGACAGGCUUACCAUCUUCAGUAACGGCGCUAUUGCGGACGACCCUCCUAUCCAACGAGCGCUGAAGGUCGCCCGAGGCGUUGGCGCGAAAAUUGACUCCCGCAAGAUCGUACGUCUGAUUGACAACGGGCCCUCACAUGAGGAAGGUGUAACUAUCGAGUUCGAUACAGGUGACCCAGUGACUGUGGGCUUCAUUGUGCAUCGCCCAGCCACCGUGAAUAGAUCACAGCAUCUUAUCGAGCAGCUGGGUAUUGAGACGGUGAACUCAGCUAUCGGUGGACAUAUCAAGGUGAUGAGUCAGUUCAAUGAGACGAGUGUGAGAGGGGUGUUUGCCGCGGGCGAUACAAUGGUUGUAAUGAAGCAGGCAGUGAUAGCGAUGGCCGAGGGUCUGAAAGCCGCGUCCGGCGCAGGUCAGCAGAUGCAACAGGAGAAAGCGGAGAUUGCCAUUAGAAAGUUCGAUUCGGGUGUCGGGGAGGCAGACAAGGUGCCUGUGAUCGCGUAA